UCGGGGUUCGAUUCGUCAGACCUAGCGGCGUGUGGCGCAGGUCGUGCAAGUAGCUGAGUUUCUAAACACCGAAAAGCUCAUUUUAGUUUAGUGAGUUUAGUUAAUUCGGGUUAGUUAGAAUUAGCGUAUCUGUCGAUCGAUUCAAAAAUGGCCGGGGAGUCGGCGAAAUUGUCUAAAAACCUGCUGAGGAUGAAGUUUAUGCAGAGAGGGCUGGACGCUGAAACGAAGAAGCAGCUGGAAGAAGACGAGAAAAGGAUCAUCAGUGAUGAGCACUGGUACCUGGAUCUGCCGGAGCUUAAAGCAAAAGAGAACCUGAUCAUUGAAGAGAAGAGCCUGGUUCCCUGUGAGGAUUUGCUCUAUGGCCGCCUGUCCUUCAAAGGGUUUAAUCCAGAGGUGGAGAAACUGAUGGUGCUGCUGAAUCCUAAAGAUGAAAAGGAGGAAGAGGAGGAGGACGUGAGCUGCAUGCAGACAGACGUCACUGAUGAAGAAAUGGCUCUGAGGUACGAGAGUUUAGUGGGCACCAUGAAGAAGAAGUUUGCAAAGAAGCGCGAGCGAGCGGCGAUGGACGAGGACGACGUCAACCAGAACGUAGUUGUGAAAAGCUCAAAGAAAACCUUCUUGAAGCCCCAGGACUGAAAAUAUUUUAAUCGUGAGGAAAAACUGGAAUGUCGGAAACUAUAAACUGACCGGACGCUACACCGUUCAGUCGUCUCUGUGAGACGCAUUACUGCCGAUCGAGCUUUCAAAGGAUCAAUUCAUCGUUUCCACUCGUCGCACCGGAAGAUCCACCGAUUCUGCUUUGAGGUACACACCUCGAAACAUUCGGGCUCGGACUGUGAAACAGAGGCCAACAGGAAGUUGCUGGAUGAAUUCCCACAUCAUUAAAGCUCUGCAGUGAAUUUCUAGAGGAACUAAGAUUAAUCUAAUUUGUUACAAUGUUUUAGAACUACACAGAUUGGAUUGAGUUUUUUUUAAGAAAAUGUUUUUUUUAAAACAUCUGUGCUGCUGCAGUUCCUCAUGUUAUCAAUAUAGAUGUAUAAAAAAAUGUGAAUGAAGCCGACAGGAGUCUUUUUAAAUAAACCUUCAUGCAUCCUCCAUAGACAGGAUACUUCAGAAAUUUAAGAACUCAACUGAGCAGGUGUACUGUCUUUCCAAAAAAAAAAAAAGGCAAAACAUUUCUGUUUUAUUGAAAGUUGGACUACAGCCCCAACUUUCUUAAAAGUUGGACCCAGUAGUCCACUACUGGGUGCCAAGAAGGCCUCAAAUCUGAAGAGAAAAUCUACAAUGGAUGAGGUCCAAGUAAUAAGAGUUUAAAAAUAAACCAAUAAAUUCAAGUUCAAUGCUGUAUGGAAAUGCAAACUUGUUUAAGGACAAUAGCAUCCAAACUUUUCUAAGCAGGUCAAAAUUAAGUUGGAAUUUAUCACAACCUGAAAAAUUACCUUUGUAAAUACAAUGUCUAAAUUAUUGGAUUUUUAAAAUUUACUUUCACCUGUCCAAUAUUUCAAUAAAACUAGUUGGGAGGUUCUACAUCUCUAUUUAAAAGUUUCAUCCAGAGUUAGGUGUGGCAGACUGAUUACUCACCUUCAGAAUUGAUCAGACAAUAGAAACCAAUCAGUGACAGAUGGGACUUUUAUUGUGAAAGUCUCAGCUAUCAGUCUGAGGGUCCCCUACAGGAACAUGUGCACAGAUCAACACUGAAAAGCAACACGUGAAGA